UCAGUUUGGUGGCGUGACGUCAUUCAUAUUGUUGCAGUCAAGUGCAUGUCAUUCAGUGUCAAAACAGCUUGUCAAGUCUGCAGAAAUACGUUUAAGGUUUAUUCUCCGCUGAACCUGACUGCCGAUAAUGGAUGAGGACAAUCUGUUUCUCCCCAAAGACUUCCCAGAGCUGAAGAAUGACACAUUCCUAAGAGCAGCACGAGGAGAGGAGGUAGAGCACAUUCCAGUUUGGUGCAUGAGACAGGCUGGUCGCUACCUGCCAGAAUUUAGGGAAUCUAGAGCAGGGAAAGAUUUCUUUGAGACAUGUCGCUCCCCUGAAGCUUGUUGUGAACUGACGCUACAGCCACUCAGACGAUUCCCAUUUGAUGCUGCCAUCAUCUUCUCUGACAUCCUAGUGGUGCCUCAGGCCAUGGGAAUGGACGUUGAGAUGACUCCAGGAAAGGGCCCCACAUUCCCAGAACCAUUGAAGGAGCCUGAAAAUCUGCAGCGACUUAAGACUAAAGUGGACGUGUCAUCUGAACUCAACUAUGUUUUCAAAGCCAUUACUCUAACACGACACAAAAUAGAGGGAAAUGUUCCUCUCAUUGGCUUCACUGGAGCUCCGUGGACUCUAAUGUCCUACAUGAUUGAAGGAGGAGGUUCUACCACACAUUCAAAGGCAAAGCGCUGGCUAUACAGGUACCCGGAGGCCAGCCACAUACUACUGAGCCAGCUUACUGAUGUCAUAGUGGAGUAUCUUCUCGGCCAGGUCAAAGCUGGAGCUCAGGCACUCCAGGUUUUUGAGUCUCAUACUGGUUGUUUGGGCCCAGUGGAGUUUAAAGAGUUUUCUCUGCCAUAUCUGAGGGAUAUUGCGCGUCGUGUUAAGGACAAGAUAAAAGAAUCUGGUUUGGACAAUGUGCCUAUGAUUGUUUUUGCUAAAGAUGGUCAUUAUGGGCUUGAGGACCUCUCUGAGUCUGGUUAUGAAGUGGUGGGUCUAGACUGGACCAUAGAUCCGAGUUCAGCACGUGUGAGGACCGGAGGAAAAGUUAGUUUGCAAGGCAACAUGGAUCCCUGCUCUCUUUACGCCACUAAGGACCGUAUAUCGGAGAUUGUGAAGAAGAUGUUGGAGGGCUUUGGCACCAAGGGCUACAUUGCAAAUCUAGGUCACGGCCUUUACCCUGACAUGGAUCCGGAGAAUGUGGGCGCAUUCGUGGAUGCCGUUCACACCCACUCUCGCCAGCUCCUCAACCGCAAAUAAGACAUUGCAUUCUCUCGCUCCAUUAGAGGAACUGAAGCAGAUGAGAAACAACUGUCUACCCCAGAGUGCAGCGCCAAGCUAUUAUUCUUAAAGGAAUAGUGCACUCAAAACUGAAAAUUGUCAUUGUUUACUCACCCUCAUGUUGGUUCAACCCCGUAUUAUUUUCUUUCUUUUGUGGAACGCUAAAGGAGAUGCUAGAAAUGUUAGCCUCGGUCAUCAUCAAUGAAAGUGAAUUAAACAUGAGUGUGAGUAAAUGAUGACAGAAUUUGUAUAUUUUGACACAAUUUUCAUUUUAAGUGAACUAUCCAUUUAAUAGUAUCUUAAGAAUGGGCUUAUACUGAGGGGCCUGACUCAUUUCAGUUAUUAUGUAGGCCAUCUAUCUACUUUACCUAAAUCAAUUCUGCUUUUUAUUAUGACUUCACACCAAUCCAUCUAAUCUUUAAUUUAAUUUUUACUCAAAAUGUCUUUCAACUGGAUGGAUGUGUUUUCAUUACAGCGAAUACACUGUAUGAUUACUGAGCAAUCUGAAAUAAGCGAAGGAGGAUAAAAUCUCAUUUAAUUAUGAAGCGCUGCAUGGGUUUGUUUUUGAUACAGUACCAUAGUAACACCUGGGCCGUGACCGUCUUCACUGGAAUAGUGACUGACAUUAAUAAACCUCUGAGAAUGUGUGUACAUUUAAAUGGAUGUUUAUUUGAAGCAAAAUAAAGAGUGAUCCUUUUA